AUCAUUUAAUUUGUCUGAUAAAAUCUAUAGGAAUCUUUAGCAUGUGAGAUCUCCGUAGAAGGUUGCUAGAAAUAGCAUAUUUUGCCCAAAUGAAAUGAAUCUGCUCCUUCAUUCAGCCCCCAUAGCCAAAACUAAGGAUUAUUUAGACCACUCAUUGAGUUGAGCAUACCAUGUUUCCUUUACAACGAGGCAAUGAGUUGGUUAUCCAGUUUUCUAAUAGCCCCCACCAGCAUGAACACAAAAUCUCCGAAGAUCUGAUUCUGGAUGAUUAUGCUUCUCUGGAUGUCAAUGAUUCGGACAGAAAAAUCACAAGUAGCCGACCAAAGAAACUUUUCUGUGUGGCUGAUAAGAAGAAUCAUGGCAACUCUAACGAACAUAAUAAGAAGAAGAUGAUUCAUAAGGAGAUUGAAAGGCAAAGGAGACAAGAAAUGGCUACCUUCUUUGCCUCUCUUAGAUCCCUUCUCCCUCUUGAGUUCAUCAAGGGAAAGCGUUCAAUAUCUGACCACAUGAACGAGGCAGUGAAUUACAUAAAGCACAUGCAGAACAAUAUCAAAGAACUUGGUGCCAGGAGAGAUGAACUGAAGAAACUCUCCAAUUAUUCCAAUACGGAAAAUAAUCAAGAGGGUUUGCAUACAUCUUGCAACUUUACUGUCCACGAGAAUAAUGGUAUUAUGGGAAUCGAAAUCACCAGCGGCUCCAGAGAAAAAAGGCCUAAACUUUCAAAGUUACUAAAGUUACUGAUUGAAGAGGGACUUGAAAUUGUUAGUUGCCUUUCAACAGAAGUCAAUGGAAGAUUGAUCUACAGUGUUCAGUGUGAGGUUAACAAUUCCAGCAGUGUAGAUCUAUCUGAGCUGAGAAAGAAAGUUUGCAAUGCAUUUCCAACAUUCACGUGUUCUGAUUAACUUUGUGGUUGGAGAUAGCUAGCUAGACUCACAAUCUGGCCAAUGACAGGAAAUUUUCCCAUAACACGCUUUUUAGAACUUUCUAACUUGAUCAUUGACUUUGUUUAGAAGAGUUUCCUUGCAAAUUUUACAUUGGCAACUGUCCCCUUUAAAUUUUUAGAUACAAAGUUUUGUUUUAUUUGCGUGAAGAAAGAGGGAAGAAGAAAGAAAAUUUGUGUAGAGAUCAAACUUAUCAUUUCUUUUCCCUGAUUCCUUUCACAGCUUUUCUGCUAUCAAAUGGAUUCAGUUUGCAUUUGCUUUUUCGGAUUUCUCUGUGCGCCUUCGCUGUCUCAACUCAUUUGUAGGGCUGGGCAAAAUUAACUUAACUAAACUAAAACUAUUAAUAACUGAAUUAUUUUAAACUAAAAAACUAAAACUAUUUAAAAUAAAACUGAACUAAACUAUUUUUUAAUUCAGUUUUAAAAAAUUGAACUUAUUUAAGUUAUAGUUUAGUUAACUAUAAAUAACUACUAAUUAAAAAAUAAAAGAAGGCACCGCACGGGUUGGCUCUUUACGCUAAGAAUCCCUAACUCACAUUCACACGAGUCACACCAGCCACGAAAAUCUGCUUACAGGCACCGCAAGGUAAAUGUAAAAAUCUUCCUUCACAAGCACGAGUUGGCUCUUUUUUAUCGCUCUUAAAUUAUAGAUGGUACGACUUUAAUUCCUUGCAAAUCUGCUUUUCCUGGCUCGCGAGGUGUCUGCUACAUUGAGGAUUAAUUCAGAUUUUUAUGGACUUCAUUUUUUCAAAUUAAUUCAUGUAUUAAUUCAUCUUGAGAGGUCCUACAUAUUUGAACAUACAACUUAUAGUUUUAUGUGCUUGAUAAGUGUUAUUCUGUCCUUGAUACAGUAUUUACAUCUGAUGUGACAAGCUCUUUAGGACUGCAACUUGCACCAGAUAAUUGCACAGGGAUUUCCAGAUCACUUGAUCAAAUUCAGUGGAAUUUUAGCUUCUGAAUAUGCUAUCAAAAUCAUUGUAUUGUAGAAGAGUUGUUUGAAAAAGUUGAACCACCAAGGUUUAAUGUUCUGUGUGGAGUUUUAUUGAAGUUUACCACUAUUUGGAAUGCUUUAUAUAGGGCCAAAGCCCCCCCUCUCUCCCCUUUGACAGCUUCUUGAGAGAUCUUUCUGAAAAAAAAGAAUCAGUUUACCAAAAAUAGUUAUUUCUGAACAUGCUAUCAAAAUGUAUUUGAUCUUUAUAUAUUUCACUAAUUGUUGUAGUUCUCAUAACAUGCUGCAGGGAAUGUUGUACAUAUGUAGUUUAAACUGGACCUUUUUUUUUAUUA